CCGUUAGUUAACGACCCCAUGCGACGCGAGGCGGGAAUUUCUUGAGUCGACAUCCUCGCUAACCCUACACCCUAACUUAUCAUACUCCAUACUUUCGCCGUGGCCGUUGAAGUCACUACCCAGGUAAGUAAUCGCAAUUGAAACAUCUCCGGAAUCCCUUUGUCUCCCUCCUGUCUCUUCUAUCUCUGGAGCUUGCUCCCACAACACAACCAUCACCCCUCCUCCCGACACAUACAGCCUACUCGACACAGCGCACGAACCCCGACGACAAUAAUCUUUGGACCUAGUUCUCUUCAUUCGCUUGACAGAGAACUCCGCGUCAGGAUUUCGUAGCGCGACUUCUCACGUGUUACAUCGCACAUUGCCAACAGCGCGAUUACCACCGCCACCACCGCCAAUAUGGAUGCCAAAGAGGUCAUGACACAUGUCACAAACAUCGACACCGCGGUCAAGGAAAAGCUACCGGCAGCGCACAUUGCUGACCUAUUGAAGUCGUUGAAGACGGGUGUUGUGGCUACCGAGAAACUCCUUCGGGAAACUCGAGUAGGAAUGGCAGUCAACAAACUGCGCACCCACGCUGACAAGACCGUUUCCGAUCUGGCCAAGGAAAUUGUCGGGAAGUGGAAACAGGAUGUCCACCAGAAGGCGAAACAGGACGUCCACAAGAAAGUCAACCCGCGUCCCCAAGAGAAAUCCCGAUCCACGGCAUCUCCGACCAUCACCUCGCCGAAACCGAAACCGAAGAAUAUGCUCGUCAAGGUGGACCCGAGUAAAAGGACCAAGGCGACAGAUGGCGUAGACUACAAUGUUACCGGCGACAAGGCUCGAGAUAACUGCAUUGGAAUUCUGUACGAUGGUCUUUGCGUAGGAUCAGAUGCCCCUUCGGAUCACAUACUCUCACUUGCUAAAUCCCUUGAGGCUGAAGUCUUCGUGAACCACAAGAAGAAGAUUGAAGUGCAGUAUAAGCGCCGAAUUCAGAUGCUUUUCCUGUCUCUCAAGGACAAGAAGAAUCCUAGCCUUCGCACACGUGUUGUUAAAGGUGAGAUUUCUCCUGCGCGAUUAUCCACAAUGGAAUCGCAUGAGAUGGCGUCAGACGAGCGCAAGGCAGAGGACCAAGAAAUCCAAAAGGAGAAUACGAGAAAGGCAAUGGUUGCGAAGCCCGAGAAGAGCAUCAGCGACCAGCUGCAGUGUGGCAAGUGCGGACAGAAGAAGGUCUCCUAUACCCAAGCCCAGACACGGUCUGCCGAUGAACCGAUGACUACGUUCUGUACUUGCGAGAACUGUGGAAAUCUGUGGAAGUUCUCAUAACUCAGAAACGCAUCAUCUAUUGGUCUCGUCGAACGGAAAAAGCACAGUCGGCUGGUUUGGGUUAACGACUCAUUGCUUGCACGACUGUGGUUCACCGUCUAAUAUGGCCAAUGAUUCUUGUCAACUUGCAUCACUGCGAAGCCAUUACGUUGAUGUACCAUAGAGAUUCUUUCAUUCUUUUUCUCCAUUUCACUUGGGCAUAUGAACUUUUUUCGUCUACUCACGACUCGCCUGUUGGCUGCUCUUUUGUUUCUCUAUUUCUCUCUGGAGGCUUUUUCUCAUGGCUCAUCGAAGGGCGUUCUUUUGUAUAUUUGGCAGUUGGUUACUGGAGUCUUGACUUCCCUCUUUCCUCUCUUUUGCGAGAGUAAGGUAUGUUUCGUAGAUAAAUCUGAGUGACUGGACAUGCUUGUUCUUGUGCUGAACCGAUGUAACAACCUUCAUAAUUGACACGUUUUCUAUCAAGCA